UGGAAGUUUUUUGCCAAAAGUUAAAAGAAGCCUGAAAACCCUCAUUCUUGCAGUUUGCUUGAUUCACUUCUUCAGUUUAGCAAACGUUAGCCUUCAAUACGAGGUCAAUCAUGGAGAGUUUCAGUUUCAUCUUGUUCAGAGGAACUAAACGGGUGACUGUCAAAGAAGACGACAUGACGACCGAAAAAAUCGGCAGGAUCUUCCAGGUACAUGGCCCCAGUCUCUACAUCACCGAUGACAGCAACAUAGCCAUAUUUCCUGGGCCUGAUGGCCGUUUUAGCACUUUAGACCUCAUUGCAAGAGGACAUUACGAGGUGCACGGCGAAAGCAGCGUGGAAGACUCAUCUACCGGCAGUGUGCCAGCAACACAGCCUACCCGCUUUUCUUUCCACCGCCCAACCACCGCUGCAGGUUCUGCUGCAGGUUGUGCUCCAGGUUCUGCUCCAAGGGUUUCAGCAAAUCAAAGAGCUAAUCUGACAAAAACAUUCCAAAGGAACAUCUUCAUUGCUGAACUUGUGGAUGGCAAGUUGGAGACUAGCACAACGCUGACUGUGCGUUUUUCAGAAUUUGAAGCUUCUGUUAUGGGCAUCCUCUACAAAGUCAAUGAUGCCCUUGAACAAGAGGAUUCACGCAUCCUCACUGAUGGCCAGGGGAACAAAAUCAUGGACUCUGAAGGAACCAGAGGAUCAGCAUUUUGGAAGCAAAAUGCAAGGAAAAUAUUUGCUGUGAAGGAAGAACACUUCUUGCAGUUACAAGCUAGUAAAAAGAGGAGACUGAGUCGACGAGAAGAUACAGGCCUCGAUCUGGUUUUUGAUAGAAUUGAAGAGGUGGUCCUGGCAUCCCAGGGACUGCAAGAAGUGUCCACUACAAUGAAGGAGCUGAUGGAGUUUGCAAAUUCCAACCGCAGAACAACACUGUCCCUGACUGAAGCCCAAGCAGCUGCUGUUAGAGAUGCCUUUGCCUGUAUUGUCUGCAAAAGUCAAGUGGUUGAGCCCAUGGUUUCAUCCUGCUGCCAAAGCCUUGUUGGCUGUAGGAGCUGCAUUGAAGAGUGGCAGAAAAAUUCUGCCUUUUGCCCAAAAUGUCGAAUUGAUGAUUUUAGUGCCAACAUUCAAAGACUUACUGGCCUCGCUGAUGCAUUGACUGCAUUGGGAAGUAUAUUCUGGGAGUAA